AUAAGUUAUUUAUAAAAUUGAAAUGAAAGCAGUGAUAUUAAGAUAUAACGCAGCAUAAAUUUAUAUAAGAAUUGAAGCUACCGAAAACUGACCACAUUGAAAGAAAAAAAUCCAACAGUUUAGUAGGCCUUACUUAAAUUAGUAACCUAAUAGGAAAUGGAUGAAGUAAAAUAUGUUCGAUUGAGUAAAUUUAAAUAAAUAAUUAAAUAAUUUAAAUAAAAUAAGAAGAAAAUAAAUAAUGGAAAAGACUGAACGCUGAUUAAAUCAAAAAACGGAACCAAUGUGCGAGUAUUUCAACGCUCGAUAGCAACAAAGUCAAAAACCGCGCAGUUCUGUGUGAUAUGUGAACAAGUGCAUAUUUGUACAAUUACAUUUAUGUAUGUAUGUAUGUACGUGGGUCACAAAUGAUAGAAAGAAGUCAGUCAUUGCCUUAAAUUACAAUUAAAUACAAGAGAAACAGUUAUCAGUUAAAAACAAAAAACAAAAAUUAAAAUUCACAAAUUAAUAUUUACAUAUUUUGGGAUAAUUGCUGCACACAAUCGGAUUCCCGUUACAGAAGGCAAAGCCAGUGAAGCAGUUGAAGUGUAUAAGGGAUAUGAUACACGCAUACAUUUCAUUUCAUUAGCAUUACUCGCUUACGGUGAACGCCAAUAAUGCCGGAAGUGCGUAUGCGUCAACGACCUGGUGACCACUUGUGUGGCUUAGCCAAAUGGCAUCCGGCUUGGAUGCAACGUUUUGCAACAACAAAAUCAUUCAUGGGCGUCUAUGGAUUAUUGGGCACGAUUCAAGCCAUGUCCUACAUGUAUUUUGUCGUUUCGUUAACCACAAUCGAAAAACGUUUUAAAAUUCCAAGUCAGACAACAGGCAUUAUUUUGAGCGGCAAUGAAAUAUCACAAAUCCUACUGUCACUCAUUCUCAGCUACAUUGGAGGUCAACGAAAUCGCCCACGUUGGAUUGCUUGGGGCAUUGUAUUUUGCGGUCUAUCCUGUUAUAUUUUAGCGUUGCCACAUUUCAUUUAUGGUGCCGGUGACGAUGCGCUACAUCUAACCGUUGAAUAUUUACAAGAGCACUCGUCGACCCUAGUGGAAAAUGUGACAAGUGCAUUCUCAUUGGUUAACUCGUCUAUCUCUAUUCACAAUUCUCAAGAAUUGUGCGGUCUAACGAAAUCAUCUCAAGAAUGUGAGUCACUUUUGUCCAUUGUGCCGCUGAUCUUGAUUUUCCUGUCGCAAUUUGUGCUCGGUAUUGGCAACACUCUGUACUAUUCGCUGGGUCAAACCUAUCUUGAUGAUAAUACGAAAAAGUCAAAUACGCCACUUAUGUUGGCUGUGGCCAUGUCGCUGAGAAUGAUUGGACCCAUUGUUGGCUUCUUUUUGGGCUACAUAUCGUUGAAUAUGUACAUCGAUCCAUCCAAAACCCCUAUCAUUGAUAACAAGGAUCCACGCUGGUUGGGCGCCUGGUGGUUUGGCUGGAUGAUUUUAGGCACACUGAUGGUUCUAUUCUCCGGUUUGAUUGGACUCUUCCCCAAACAAUUACCUAAAAAGAAGUCCGAACAUUACAACUCACACUUGCCGCGUAUGAUGCGUUUAGAGGAGCUCAAAAAAGAAGACGGCAUUCCGUUGGGCAGUACACUCUCUCUAAACGCUGCUUUGGAUGCAAAUGCCGCUGCACCAGUCGAUGCUGAUUUUCCACAACUCAAAGACUUUCCUAAGGCUUUGAUGCGUCUCUUGCGCAAUAAAUUACUGAUAUACAAUAUAAUAUCGGGUGUGUUCUACAUUCUGGGCGCUGCUGGCUACAUGACAUUCUUGUCUAAAUAUAUGGAAGUCCAGUUUCAUAAAACCGCACAAACCGCCACGGUAAUUGUUGGUCCAAUAUCGAUCAUUGGUAUGGUGAUUGGUCUAAUUGGAUCUGGUCUUAUUAUAUCAAAAAAACGGCCUUCACCGAGUAAGGUGCUCAUGUGGAAUGUGAUAGUGGGCUUUGUGUACAUUUUAGGACAAACAUCAUAUAUUUUCAUGUAUUGUGGCGAUUCAAUUUCCUUGGAGAGCGUUGGAAACUAUAACUUCACCACUCAAUGUAAUAACAAUUGUUCCUGUAAUUCUGUGCCAUAUUCACCAGUGUGCCAUGAGGCUAGUGAUACAACAUUUUUCUCCGCAUGCCAUGCGGGGUGUAAAUCAUGGGAUCCAAAAAUAAGGAUUUUUUCAAAUUGUUCCUGCGUUGAAGCAAUCGAUGAUUUUACCAUUACGCCCUCACACACGGCUACUACACCUAGUUUUCUUACCAGCCUAAGCACUCCAGAACGACUACUAAAACAAAUGCAGUCAGAAUCUACAACAGGAGCGCCACCACUUCCCACAACCAUACCCUAUUUUAGCAAUCCGAUUACAUCACCAACAACCACCAAUAGCAACGUUUCACGCACACGACGCUCCAUAGACACGCUCUCCGAAAUACUCACACCUGGAGUAUGCUUAAAAGGUUGUUCUGUGGCCUUUUACAGUUUCACAAUUGCCUCGAUGAUCGUGAAUUGGUUCGGCUCAUCUGGACGGAUUGGAAAUUUAUUGGUUAAUUAUCGCUCUGUAUCGACCCAAGAUAAAUCCUUCGCUCAGGGACUCUCUUUAAUGAUGAUCAGCUUGUUAGCACUUAUACCUGGUCCGAUUAUUUUUGGGCGUAUAAUUGAUUCGACGUGCUUAGUUUGGACGGAAACUUGUAAUGGCAGAGGAAAUUGUCAGCUGUAUGAACAGACAAAAUUCCGCUACUACGUGAAUAUAUUGGCUUUGUCGCUUACAUCAAUCGGUAUAGUCUUUGACAUUUUGGUCUGGUACCAUGGCAGACAUCUCGAUUUAUAUGGUGAAAAGGAGACCCAGCAUCUUGAAGAAAUGCGUCGAAAAGACAAACCACUUACUCCACUAUUGGCACAUAAGUCAUAAUCUGUAUGUGCAGCAAUUGAAGUCUCACAUUUUGUACAUUUUUAAGUCUAUUGACAUAUUUUAAGUUAAAGUACUAUGUUUUAAAUUGAGGAAUUCAAAGAGAAAUAACGGAACUCUUAAACUCACUGAAUUUAGUUUGCAAGACAUGUACAGUUUGUCAUAUGUAUUGCAUACAUUUCGUUACCAAAAUUCACAAAGGGCUUAACCGGCAAUUUUUUCAAAUCAAAUUUUUUCACAAUUUCUAUAGCUUAGACUAAAUUAAAGCUCUAAAAAAACAGGAAUAUAGUAUGUAAGCCAAAUAUAAUGAGUUUACAUAUAUUAGUCGACAAAUGCGGGGAAAGGAGGGAGGAGGUGGGUUUUUGUGAUUAGCACUACAUGGGGAAAAAGAAAAAAAACACUACUCGGGAAAAAAAAACAAUCCAUUACUUCUUCGAUAGAUGGCUGUAGUGAUCGAUAUCUCGUGAAGUAUCGAUCAAAUAAUUUAAAGUUUAUGCUCGUUGUCAAGGUGACAUUUCACACUAAAAACUCUUUUGCUGUUUUUUUGUUUGUUCCAUACAGUUGUGAGUUACAGGGUGUUAACAAUGGAAGUUAACAAAGAGAAAAUUCGGUGCAUUUUACAAUUUUUCUUUGAUAAAGGCGAAAAUGCAAAUCAGGCCGCUGAAAUUGUGAAUGGUGUUUAUGGUGACGAGUCUGUAACAGCUAAUUACGUGCAAUUUUAGUUUCGUCGAUUCCAUUCAGGCAUUUUUAAUCUUAAAGAAACUGUCGAUAAAAUCACAGAAAUAUCGCAGUUGCCCGGCAUGUUAGUAAUCAUAGCAUCGCCCAGGAUAUUGAUAUCUUGAUGUUGUUCCACAAAUGAAGGGACCGACUCCGAACGGCAGAUAUUUUAUGAGGAGCUUUUUCAUGGCAGAAAAGCACUUGAAAAAUUAAGAUUAACAUCAAACUCUGAUUCCAUGCCAUAGGAGUAUGCCGAAUCUGUCAAGGCUGUGAUCAGUAGGAGUAACUACAAUGGGGUAAAGGAGACCUACACCAUUACAUUAAGUUUAUUUAAUGAAUAUUACAAUUAAACUUUAACCAUUUAUCUGUCCCUCUAAUUUCUGCUAUUAAUUUGUUGCAUGUUUCUGACUAUUCCUAUAUUUUUCUCAAAGUUUAUUUUAAUUUUAGUUACGUUGCGCUCCACUUACAGUUAAAUUUAAAUUGAAAUACUUGAAUUUCUUACAGAUACAGCUUCUCAAAUAAAUAAACAAUAGUCUACAUUCAGAAAAGUUUUGUCAGGGGUGUCAGUUGCUCUGAAAAUCGACUGACUACUGGAAACAUUAAUAUUAAGAAGUGCGUGGGCAAAACAAAGAUAGAUACAUACUCGCAGUAUUUUGUGUACAUUUCUGAGUAAGCAAAAAACGUGCCCUUUUACAGCAUUGAGUGCAACAUUGAACAAUUUUUAUACCGUAGAAAGGCAACAUUUUUCCGUAAAAACUAAAACACUAUUAGUUAAUCAUAAAAAAGAUUUAAAUGCUGCAGGGAAUUAGAUAAAAAUGAAGCAGAUAUUGACCCAAAAUAUGUUUCUUUCUCUACACAAGGCGCCCACUUACAAGAAUUUAAUUACAGUAGUUGGCCCACAAAAAUGUGGCCCUAAAGCACUCAACCGUCCUCCCUAUAGUCUAGAUUUAGCCCCUGCAGAUUAACCUUUAUUUCCUAAAAAUAGUGCUUCAAAACCUUUUUAGCCUCCACUUCUAAUACUAAUAUUAAAAGUGCUGUUCUGUUCGAGUUUUACAUAUAUUUUGCUGCUCUUGUAAAAUGUCAAAAAAGUUGGAUCGAACCUUUCGUUAACGAUGUGGAUACUAAAUUGAAGUUAUGCCAUAGGAGUAUGUUCCAAAAAAAUUGUCAUAAAUAAAGUAAACAUCAUCCAGAUCAGUGAAUAUUGGAUGUGCUGUGCCUUAACUACAGUACAAGGAAAUAUGUAAUUCAUGAAUUUAUUAAGUGUAUCAUUAACAUUUUGCCUACUUCCUAUGUGCACUCGUAUAUACUAUUACAUAUAUACAUAAGUAGGUAGAUAUAUACAUAUAUGUAACCGAUAUUUUUUAUUAUCUUUGCAGUUAUAAAUCACAGUAAUUUACCAUGUAAUUUUACUUUAUAUAAUCAUAUUAUGCAAUAAUAUUUCGAACAAUUUGUUUCAAUAUUAAAAAGUGUAAAUUGUAAAAUGUAAUAUAAUUAAAGUAUUUUAUAUCUUUGUAUAUAUGUAUUAUACGAAAAAAAUUGUAAUUAUCAUUUUUAUGCAAGACAUAAGCACAUAAACAACACACGCAUGUAUUUACAUGAGAGACUUUGCCGAAGCCUGGAUAUCUUUUACUAAAUCAAAAAUAAAA